ACGUGUUCGCCGUUCGGCAGUCUAUCAACUCCAUUGAGGUAGCAGCCGUCCCACUGUGUCAGGAUCUGGCAACAUAUGGUCAAGCGUUUGCACCUCUCGCUCUCAGCGUCAAGGAUCGGGCAACCCUCGUCACACCCCUCAAGUCCCUCGUCUCGGGUUGGCACUCUAUCGACGUGUCAGCGCUGAACGCUGCACAGUCGGUUCGUCCAAAGUGAAUGAUCUUCUCGCGUUCGAUCCGACUGUACUCAAGGACGUCCUCACCGAGUUGUCUGACUUGUCCACCCACAUCCGGCAGUGGAAGGCAGGCUCCACUGACCCCUUCUUCAAGAGUACCCUAUUUGACCUUGUCGCCUCGCCCCUGGCGCCGUUCGCUUCAUUCACCCCGGACAUGACUUCGCAGGCACAGCUCGCUGAUAUCCUCCACCUCAGCUUCCGCGGCAUUACCAAGCCAUUGGCAGACGCGUUCACCGCCCCCCUGCUGCCGCCUCACACUGAGCCCCACUUGAAGCCAGAGGACGUUGCAAGUGCCAUUGAGAAGACCAUCGCUACCCGCUUGAAGCAGUACUUCCGUGACCUCGAAACCGUCAUUCGAGACGUCACCCCACUCGUGAGCCACCUUACGCAGGUCGAGGCGGGCGCAAAAGCUAUCCCCGCCGGUAUUGAGAUAUUUGCUGAAGGAGGUGGGACGGGCGAGAAGAUUGACGCCAAGAAGGCUGCAGCGGCGUGGACGGCGGUCAGGACCGAUGCCACCGCAUUCGUCAAAGAGGUAACCACUUCAAGGGAGCCGACCAAACAUGUCUCCUUGCGCCUUCUGACGAGGGACGAAAAUAAAGGAAACACAGUGCAGGAUGUCCGAGAUGCGCUCGCUCCACCUCCCGAGGCACCCCAGGCUAUGCUCGAGCUCUUGACGUACGUAAACGACACCACGCGCUUGUUGGAAGACGCAAGCCGUCUCCCUUUCGUAAGAGAACUCAAAGUCACUGACCCGACCAGCGAAGGCAGCAGUACCUCAUUGAGCGCGAUCAUCCUCAAGAACAGCAAAGCCUUUGCUCAUCUGAAGGAUCGGACAAUUGCCGUAGUCACCAACCUGUCUACGUACGGGUAUUGCGAAAGGAUGUUCAUCCCGGCCUUCGCGACCGCUCCUGACACGGAGCUGAUUAAAAUAUUGAAGGGGAGCUUGAUUUUCCUCGGGUCGAAUCUCCCGGAACUGGAUUCGAUUGUAGCCAAGAUUCAAAGCCUUCUGCCCGGAUUGUCCAAAAUAGUGACAGCGUUGAAAGAUAAUCUCACCCGGACAGCGGCUCAAUUGCCCAAAUAUGAGAUGGUCCUGAAACAGGGCGGCGAUAUGGGCAGAAAUGACCUCGAAAUCGCCAUCGAUUCCAUCUUGCAGUCUGUAUUCACUGCGCGCGCUGUCACUGCGAUUCAUGAUGGCGCCGGCCCUCUUGGUACACUUCUCGCUCCGGAAUGGAGCAUAGAUCCGCUGGCCACAGUCGAUUCGGGAACUCAAACUACCCAGUUGUACGCACUCCUGAAAAGGCUUGAAAAUACACUUCGCCAGGCACAGAACACUGUGGAUGUCAUGCCACAGCUGCUCGUGCAGCUGCAGUCUGUCGGGGAUCGCUUUGCAAUACUGCGCUCCACCUGGACAAGCAUCGAAGAGGGGGUCAGGACGUCGCUUGAACAGUGCGCCUCUUGGAAAAAAUCGAAUGUCUUGACACCCGAGCUGCUGGCGUCUGUCGCCGGUGAAUGGUUGCGCUAUGAAGAGAGUUUGGAAGAAUAUGUGACUCGUCUCACCGGAUCUCUUUCACCCCGGUCUAUUGCCGCAUUCGCUUUAACAGUCUCCCCACCAUCGAAUGUUGUCUUGGAACUAUCCAAGAAACGCGUGGCGCGUGUCAUGUCUGUCGCUGGAGAGUUGAAGUCUGCCACAUCUGAACCAUAUCUACCUGCCUUCGAUGAGAUCUUGAAUGAUCCUCAAAUCGCACUGCUCUUCUACCCCGACUCUGAUGCGAGACGGCUCUCCACGACGAUGGCCUUGAUGAGCGCCUCGACGGAGGAACAGCUACUGAACGCGCUUCGGGCCCCACGUGUUUCUCUCACCUGUAAACGCCAAACGCUCUCCAACACGGCGGACCAGUACCAGGCCACUGCAAGAAUCAUGGAUGGAUUUUACCCGGAAGGGGCAGUUGACGCAAGGAAGCUGUCUGCGAAUAUCACUGACGUCGUCCUUCCGAAACUUGGGGACGCAAUUGCGUUCUACAUGGAAUUCACGACACAGCAGAUCAAUGCCCUGUCUGGCAGCGCGACCAAGGAUAGUCUCGAACAUUUACAACACGAGCGAGCCGAGGAAGCCAAAAAGGGGAAUGAGAAAGCCUUGGCUGCCCAGAAUGAUGUGCUCACGCUGAAGAACAACAGUGUACUGGCUUAUAAUAAGUUGGUCAGUAAAUCUAAUGAGAUUCAAGCCGAAAUCGAUCAAAGCCGGCGAACGCUGCAAGAGAAGAAGAAUGAGCUGGCCAAGUAUGAUUGGGUCAAGUGGUGGCCCCUCCCUCCUGGCAUUGGCCUACUGAUCAAAGUGCUCGUUGAAGAGAUUACUCACACUGAGAGCGACAUCAACAACCUUGAGCGGAAUAUUGGUCAGUACGAACAAGCGAAGCGACAGAUGGAAGCUGUGCGCGCUACAGAAGAUAGCUACGUGAACACAAUUGUCAGCGUAACGACAUCCUGGGCCAGUCUCACGCAGGAGACGAACGACUUGGCCGGAUUACUGCAGAUUAUCGCCGACCUUCCCGUAACGAUUGACAGCCUCAUUGUGGACGCGAGAAACUCGUGGUUGACCCUGUCAGCCGAACUUCAGCAAUGGUAGUCCCUCUAUCAAGAUAUCGUGUAAAGCACGUCCUGUUUGUUAACAAUUCAUUCCUCUAUGAACGUGUGAUGGUCCUGCGCACACCACAUGAUCAUAACCCCAAGCUUGUAACACUCGCAA